AAUGUGCAAAUACAUUAAUCCAUUCAAAAAGGAACCAACAGACGAAUGUCAGUUCUGUUUCUGUAAAUAUUUCAAUUCAGAGCUUUAGGAGGUGUGUUGUUGUAUUUAUGUGCAUUACCUGUGAAUAAUAGGUUGUCAUCUAAAAUCAUAUAUUACAUUUUGGAGAGUAUCAUGAAGAAUUCCACAGUUUUAAUUUUUAUUCAGUGUAAUAAUUGUGAUUUUUAAAGAAAAGAAAGACUCGUUUCUGGGGUCUGAUUCCAGUUUACUCUGAGCAAAUGGAACAUCUAGUUUUCUAAAUACAAAUUGUCCAGCCCCCUACAGCAAAAGAUGGUGGGAACUUGAGUUGUUCUGUUUUUCAUUGUAUUGAACAAUCUUGAGUAAAAGCCUUAGGUCUUAGUUUCUUUAUUUAAAGCUAGAAUUCAAACUACAGUAUAUCUCCUGCUAACAUUUACUUUCUUUCUGUUUCUUCUUCAAUGUUAUUUUGCUGUGUGUGGAUGAUUUUGGCAAAUAAGGCACCUCUGCCACCACCUAGAAAACAAAGCUUUCAGAAAGCAAGAGUAGCUAAUCACAACAAUGCAAUUAAUCUCCAGAUAGUAACAACUGAGCCAGCUAAACACCCUCCUACAGAUACUGGCUAUUACACUGACGAGAAGUCUGCCCAGAAGAUAAUAUCUUCUCAGAUAUCUAACACAGAUGUGUCCUAUGUACAAACAAUCACUAGACCCCUGACCACUAUCUCCAGUGUAGGCACAAGCACAGUAGCUGGUAUAAGUGCCACUCUCCAUCAAGGCCAAACACAGCAGCCUCAAAAGCGGAGGGUAUCUACCCUUAAAUUAACCCGGACACAAGAUCCAGCAAGUGGUGUUCACUGUAAUGUACAGCAACAGCUCAAGCCCAUUGAAAUGCCAAUAUUUUCACAAAGGCCUGUCUCACCUGCCUGUAACCCCAUGUCUGAGGUACACACAGCAUCUCUUUCCAUUCAGAUAGCUCCCAUUCCUGACAAUAAUGCAGAGCCUGAAAUCCAAGAACAUCCACCUAGUAUUUCUCCAGACACUUCAAAGAUGUCUUCAAAGGAUGUGGGACAAAAGUCUACAGUUCUUCCUUCUUCACAGGCUGCAGAAUGCCAUGUGGUAUAUUUAAUUUUUCCAUCUUUUAUUUUAGAUCACUCAUGAAUCACUUAACUCUCUUUAGCUAUACUUACUUUAUCAAAGUUAGACCUUCUGUUUUCUGGGUAAAACUACCUGUCACAUGAAUCAAACUAGAUCUGAGCAAAACAUAGUUUUUGGAAGGAUAUUGUACCAAAAAAAAAAAAGAAAAGAAAAGAAAAGGCAACUGAGCUGGAAAGUAGACUUCCUUGUUCCUCUGUGAGCACUUUAUGGAGUGCAAAUGCAAUAGGAAAUUAGUGAAUUGUAGGUUGAGGUGUUGCAUCAUUAAAACACUGUGUUGACAUAGGUGCUGUGGAAGGAUAGCAUAUGGGUGAGAAAUGGUUGUUGUUUUUUUCUGCAAAUGUGACUCUGGCAGUUUCCUAGGCCCACCAAAUAAUUUUCUACGUGUUUUCAGCAGGGCAGUUCUUGCUGUCUUCGAAGUCCUGUGUGAUAGGUUAAGUUAGUCUUUUAAGUCAAUCACCUCUACACAACAAGGCAAGGCAUUUCUAAAUCCUUCUGUUUCCUGCAAAACCUGUGCCUACUGAGAUGAAAAUUCUAUACUGAUCUCAUCCAGGAGAAAUGUGGAUAUCAAGCACGUAGUAUAGGAAUAACAAGCCAGCAGUCUCACAGAAGCAACUCUGUCUUGUGUAUGAAGAGAUGCUAUCAAGCAUCGUAGUAAGUAGUAAUAGGAGGAUCACUUUUCAUGUACAUGUAAAAUAAUCUUUUUUUUUUUUUUUAAAUCACCUGUGGGAGUGAGCUCAGAUUCCUCCUGUGAAUGUAUUUUGCUAUGCACCAGUGAUACAAAUUAUGGCAAGCAGCCUGUGUGGUUCUUGUCUAUUGUUAUUUGUUACCUUAAAGACAUAAGUUUUUAAAACAUCUCUAGUAAGCCUGGUAUAUACUGGGGAAAAAAUAUAUAUAUUCAAAAAUCUUAAUCAAAUCUGCAGCAGUUGACAGACAGCACUUUUCCUUAUUUCUUGGUUACGGUCCUCUUAGAGUAGCUAGAUCAGAUGCAGUACUAGGAAGGGAAGGGAUAUUAGCAUGUUUUGAUGAAUAAUUAAAUGUAGUAAAACAUGUUCAAGGAUUAAAAAAUAAGUUCCCAUGAUUGUUGGUUGCAGUGGAUAAGAGUCAUACUAGGCUGUUGAGGAAGUACAGCCUAUACUGAAAGAUUGCCAUGUGGUCCAGGGGUCAGAUAGCUAGGUCUUAGAAAGGAUGGAAAAAGUUUCCUAGGGUCUAGAAGAGUUAGCAGGGUUUAUUACCAUUCUGAAAGUUAAUUAAUCAGGUAAAAUAGGCCUGGAAGGAGUAAUACAAAAGAAAUACAUACUUGCAAAAAAAAAAAAUCUGUGGAUAAACUUUUUUCUCUGCAUUACCUAGUCACAUAAAGAAUUUUCUUUUUUAGAAGUUAAUUACCAGUCUACUAGGUUAUCUGAAUUGGAAAGCCCUUCAAAUAGUUGGUAGGGAUUGCUGUAGGUCUAAGCAUAUCUGCCUUAUAGCUUAGUCUGAACCAGGAUCCCAUCAUGGCAUAUUUAUGUUUGUCAAGUUUGCCAACAUCAGUGUGUCUACUUUGAAGUAACAUGGCACAAUCAUGCAAACUUGAAGCCCAUUGACAGCACUGUGUCAACAAAGUAAUAUAUCUUGUUCUUUGAAAAUAUCAUGCUCAAUCAGGUCUUUACUGUGGAAGCCAAAAGUUUCUGUGUUAGCUAUAGAAUAGUUGAACAAUUUGUAAUGUGUCAAUUUUCUUCUUCAAGUUGAAGCGGGAAUUUUGAUCUGAGCAAAACUCUGUGAAAUUACUGGUCAACAACUUGCAGUGCUGCUUUUGAAUUAACCAUUCCAUUAACCACUGGAAGCACAUAAGACUUGCAGUGAAAUUUGUCUUUCUUGAGAUUAGAGAUAAAACUGUUGUCAAAACUAUUCUAUUGAAAUAUGCAUUAUUUAGAGUACUUAAGGAAAAACAAGUUGCUUUGUCCUUGAAAAGAGCCAGUUCACUAUUUAGUGUUUUCUGUUCAAGGCUCAUAAUAAAGAAAUCAUAUCAGAAACAGGAAGGUUGAGCACGAUAUUUUGAUGGUAGCUGGGAUAGGCCCAAAAAUUAUAGGACAGAGGCUUGCAAGCCUUUGAAAACAAGCAUCGAGAGAAGCCAUCAGACUGUGGAACUGAUGUGAGUGUAGCCAGUGUAACUUGAGCAUUUGUGUGUUUUCACUUAAAAAUAGUUGUUUGUCCUGUUAACAAUGUGGUGCUUUGUAUAUUCUCAAAUAAAUCAGCUUCUCUCAAACAAAAGUGGUAUUACAACAUCUAACACUUAUUAGGAAAAAUACC